AUGAAGAGAUGCUGGUUAAGUAAAGAGUCUCUCUCUGAAGCGAGCAGUCUGUCUGUCAGUGUGUGACGUGAAGUGCUGAUUCAGAUUAAUAUUCAGUUUUUGACAAUUACAACAACCCCUUAAAGUUCUUUUUUUGUAUCUUUUGUAGUAUUAUCAGAAGUAUGUUUCAAAACUCAUUAAAUCAGUCAACUGAUUUUGCUUUUAUUUGGUUUGUUAACAUCUUUCACCAUAAGAUCAACGAUUCAGCCAUUAUGUUUUGGUGAUGAAAUACAACCAGUACAUUUGGUGUUAUAGAUGGCUGGCAUAAACACUACUGUUCAAAAGUUCGAGGUCACUUGAAAAGGUCAAAAAAAAAUCUGUUAAAAUUACAUAAAUUGAUCAGAAAUACAAUGUAGACAUUGUUAAUGUUGUAAAUGAUUAUUAUAGCUGUAAACGGCAGAUUUUCUAUUAAAUAUCUACCAAGGCGUAGAGAGGCCCAUUAUCAGCUACCAGGUUGGGAUAAAGGUUAGGGGGUAAGGUUAGACAACAAGAGUUAAGGUUAGAUAACUACUCCUGUGUAUGCCGUAUGGCGUAUGCGAUUUGAACUCACAGGCAUUUGAGUUUGAGUCAGUCCAAAAUCCACGGCCACAAAACGUAACAUCGUUUAAACAUCUUUAAAUCAAGUGUUAUUGCCCCUAGUGGCCAUAGUAAUCAUUCUGUAAUCAAAUUGUUGUAUUGCAUCAACUAAAUUUGUGCAAUUAUUUUGUACAAUUAUUUUGUGCAAUUUGGCAUGAAUCAGCUAUGUUGUAUUUCAGCUAACUAUAUUAACUUAGUAAACAACUAAAUAGUAAACAAAAAACACCCCGAACAAAAUACCCUGAUUUUUACACUAGUCCUAUAUUUUCACUUAGACUUUCAUAAGACAGUUCUUAUGAGGUCAUUUUAUAACUAGUUGGCUACAUUAAAAAGGUGAAGAGAAAACAAGUGACUAAAAGACUCAUAAUACAUAUAUCCUUUCAGUCACAUGCCUGUUUAACAAAAUUGUUGUCUGUGAUACUAAUGCAAACUGUAAUGAAAGCAGAAGUACUACUACAGGUGUAUCAGGUGUACGAUCAGGUUGUCACUUCCCUGGGAUCUCAAUCCACACUGUUGACCAGACAUCUAAAGGAUGGAAGAAGAGCUGUAUGAAAAUGUUGUUUGCAAUAAACACAUUGUUUCUUUGCAGAAUGAGAACAAAGAGAAAAAAAAAGUGUAUGAUUCAGGAAAGGCUAAGGGCUAUUCACCCACUCAACAAAGUCCUGCCACAGGAAUGGACAACAGCCCUGCGCCCCACUCUCAGCCCUGUCAUGGUGUGGCAGUGUGUCUGGGGGUUCUUUGUGUCCUCUUGGUUUCAGCCAUCAUAGGCCUCAGUGUCUUCAGCACUGAACUCUCAGAGCAAAAUCAGUAUCUGAGUACAGCCAAUCAUAUUUUGCAAAGUUAUAAUAGCAAUAUUAGCACUGCAAACCAAGAUUUAAUGUCUGACAAAGAAGAGUUGACACAAGAAAGAGACAGACUGAAGACAAAUCUUCAGGUCAUAUAUCAGCUUCAUGAUUUUCCUGUCAAUCAAUAUUGUUCCAAAACAAAUGGAAAUGUGACAAAGUGCAACCCAUGUAAAGUUGGUUGGAUGUUAUUCCAAUCUAGUUGUUACCUGAUUUUAUUCUCUGAUGCACCAUGGAAGAACUGGACUGAAAGCAGAGAGGAUUGUAAAAAAAGAGAAUCAGAUUUGGUUGUUAUUAGCAGUCAACCUGAACAGGAAUUUAUUUCCAACCAAACACAAUCCUACUAUGAUGUAUUUCAUGGGUACUGGAUUGGCUUGUCUUACCAAGCUAACAAUCAGUCAUGGAUGUGGGUUGAUGGAAGUGUUCAGAGUCUGAAUAAAGGGUUUUGGAACACUACUGCAAAGAAUCUGAAUUCUUGUGUGUUUAUCAUCCCAAUAAAUAAAAUGUUGGCUAACUGGAACACUCCAGGGUGCUUUAUGCAGAACCGUUGGAUCUGUGAGAGUACAGCCUUAAACUGGUCAUAUUAAACAUUACACUUAAUUCAGGCUAAAUUGAGCGGUCCUUUUAUUUGGCUGGUUUUACUAUAGAUAAGAUUAACCAUUGU